AAGCUCUCAGCUGAGAGGCAGACAGCACAUUAAGAAAACACUUCCAGAGAGGCCAAGGGGCUCUUGAUCUGCACACAGCAACACUCCUCUGAAGCUUAGAAGAAAUACCCAGAUCAUCAUGGCUGAGAGACGUAUUCCUUUCACCUUGCUCCGCACUCCGAGCUGGGACCCAUUUCGUGACUGGCACCAGAGCAGCCGUAUCUUUGACCAGACCUUCGGCAUGCCCGCCCUGCCCGAGGACAUCGCCGCAUUCCCCAGCACCCACUGGCCAGGGUACCUGAGGCCAUCCAUCCUGGCCCCAGAACUAAUGACACCGCAUGCCCCUUUGAUGUAUCCAACCCACAUGAUGGCUCAGCAGGCUCAGGCUCGGGCCCUGUCCCGCCAGCUGAGCAGCGGCAUUUCUGAGAUCAAGCAGACCCAAGACAGCUGGAAAGUAUCGCUGGAUGUGAACCACUUCUCACCUGAGGAGCUGAUGGUGAAGACGAAAGAUGGCGUGGUGGAAAUCUCGGGUAAGCACGAGGAGAGGAAAGAUGAGCAUGGUUUUGUGUCCAGAAGUUUCACCAGGAAGUACACCCUCCCCCCUUCAGCUGAUGUUGAGAAGGUGAACUCUGCCCUUUCUCCUGAAGGCGUGCUGACCGUGGAGGCUCCUUUGAUCAAACCAGCCAUCGAGCACUCAGAAACCACAAUACCUGUCAAUGUCGAAAGCAAAAGCGGUGUGGUGAAGAAGUAGGAAGAAAAUGGGCACCAUUUCCUUCCAACCUGUUGUCCUCCACACAUACACAUUCAAAUAGAUGUGUGUGUGGGGAGGAGGAAAAGGACGGGGGAUAUUCCGCUUGUAGUGAGGAAAGGAAUCAGCUUUCCGCUCUUCAUAAAACGAGCUUGUUCACAUGCCAUGCAGAGCGAAGGAUUGCCCUAGCUCUUCCCUCUCAACUCCAUCUCUGGUAAUGAGCCUACCCCAGCUGAGCACACUGUGUAAACACAUCUGCACCAGUGCCAUGUGCGUGCUCUUUCUGCUGUAAUUACACUCUUCAUCUGAAUACGCAGCUUCUUAUUUCUUUUUCUUCCUGACUGACACACACACACACAGGGCUUUAUGCUGCCUCUUCAAACAUCAAAACAGAAUAUAAUAGCAGCAAAUGUGACAACUAUUGGAGGCUUCCCAGGACAUCCCAGGACAGUAUCCACAUACACACCAAAGCUCUGAGUAAAGAAAGAGGACUGUUUGUGAUUUUGCUGUUGUGUGGACUGAAACAGACUGAUUUAAGCCAUGCAAACAGGAAAUAAAGAACACACAACAUACAGAGUCCCUGCUGUUCAUUUGUGUUUGAUAGAGUUUUUGUUGCUGUUGUGAUACCUGAUGCCAAACUAUUCAUCCCAUGGUCACCAGUCCCCAGGAAUGCAAGCAGCUCUUCACAAAGGACUGUAACGAUUCUAUAUUUAACAACAGCACCCCCAUGUGACUGUCUGAUCCCUCCACACAGUAACACAGUGGGCCAGGUUUCAUUAAAAUUGUAACAUAUUUUAGGUGAAUAAAACAUUACUUCAACUUUUUUUUUACAGUACCCCCAUUAGGUCAGUCACUGAAAGAUUUAAAGUGAUAAGGACUUAGUAUAUUAUUCAUAAUCUGCAAACCGUGACCGUAUAUAAAAUUCUUUUCUUUUUUUUUUAAUGAAUCACAGUCACGUGAACUUCAGCAGAUACCACCCAUAUGUGUGGAGUCAGAGUAAAAGUGAUGUUGCUGCGACCUAGGUGUUAUAUGUACAGAGAAACGUAGCCAUCUUUUCAGCUGUGCAUCUGCACUGAAAUGUGUCAUAAUUCCCAAAUUGCAUAAUUCCAUCAUACAAAACGUCUCUAAUGAAUUAUUCAUUGCCAAAUGGAUAUAUAAUUCAUGGAGAUUUGCUCUAUUCUGUUGACUGAACAAGGUCAUUUAUAACCAUUGCACCAGGCUUGUAUCCUACAGUGAAAUGAAAAUUUACCGAGCCUGCUGAAGUCAAAAAGGCAGUCAGUAUAAUUUAUUAAUCUAUAGCGGUGGCCGUCAAAGUGCUAAUAUGCAAAUUGUUUCAAGAAGGACUGGUUGUGUUGUUGUUGUUUUGGAUGUCUUAUCAUCUGGCACCAUCAUGAGGUCAAACUUUCAGUUGGGGCCAAAAUGUACCUUUUUUUUAAACUGUACAGAUCAAACCAAUCAAACUCAUUACAUCCUCAACAACCUGA